AACGUCAUGUGCAGCAGUGAAUUGUGGGUAAUAUACUUCGGCGAAGUCCGCUUCGAUGCGGGCUUCGCUGAAGGGCGGAUGUGGGGCACAAAGGGGGCGGGGCUAAGGACCACUCUGGAGAACUGGGAAACACUACGGACUCGAACCAUCAACUGGAACCCGCAAGGAACAUAAGGGUGGAAGUGCGAGUAUUGGGCCACGGAGUUGCAUCAGUUGCUGUCAAAGAAGAAUAUGAAGCAUUUACUGUAACUUCUAAGAACAAGUGGGUUUAUUUCUAACGAGCAACAGCAGGUUGGAACGAUGGCGACAACUGAGCUGCAUGAUCUGGUGCAAAGAUUGUCAGCUACUGACUCAAGAGCAAAAGAUAAAUUUGCUGUUGUAGAAGAACAACCUUUACUGAACCAGAGAAUAGCAAAGAUGAGCAGUGAUAUUAAUCUGCUGUUGGAAACUCUGGAGGAGCUGAGUGUUCAUGAGUUCACAGUCUUUAAAGAUAUCCGGAGUUUCUCCGCCGACAUGCGGCCCUUCUCCACAAACAGACGGAGCUGGCAGAAGAUGGAAGACCUGCAGGAGAUGGUGAUUUUAAUUGUGCAGACCUGUGGUGAAAAGUCUUUGAUGGUAACCAGUGAUGUUUUAAAGAACAUCUGCAGGAUGGAUUUGGCCCAGAGGUUGUUAAGCAGGACUUCGGCAGCCAGAGAGAUACCGAUGAGAAGACAUCCGUCUGCACUGGUCCACAAAGUGGCAACCAUGGUAGCUGUUAGAGAUGUUCUUCUGGAGAUACUGAUGGAUUUGAGUAAAACUCAAUUCAGUGAGCUAAAAGUGUUACUGCAGUUCAGUUACUUUCAGAGAGGUCUUCAACAAAUCUCGUGGUUUAUACUGACAAGUGCAGACAAGACCAGAAUCAUGGAUCUUAUGCUCAAUAAAUUUGGUAGACAAUCUGUGGAAGUGACCAGGGAGAUUCUAAUGGACUUGAGGAGAACUGAUCUUGCGCUGAUGCUGCCUGAGACCAGCUCAACAUCUAAAGAGGAACUGUCUAUGAAACUGAACUCUGCUCUUCUGCAGAAAGUGGAGAUGUUGGAGUGUAUGACAGAGCUGCUGCUGGGAACACUGGUCAACCUUACUGAAAAAGAGCUCAAGAACUUCCAGAAAAUCACCCUGAGUAAAAUUCACCAUCACAGAAGAUACAUACCCAAGGGGCGAAUCAAAAUAGGAAAUGUGCUGCACAUUGUGGUGGUUAUUGUGCUGACCUAUGACCAACAGUCUCUGAAGAGGACCAUAGAUGUUUUAAAGGAGAUGAAGAGGAAUGAUCUGGUAAAGAAGUUGUCAGACAGGAGCUCAGGACCUAAAGAGAGAUCUUCUGCAGAUCAACAACCUUCUGCUUGGAUCCACAAAUUGGCAACGAUGGCGGUGGUUGAACAGCUACUUUUGGAGGUUUUGAAUGAAUUAAGCAGCGAGGAAUUUUUAUCAAAGUUUAAAAGACGUCUGUCAGACUUUUUACCAACAUUGAAGUUCACACCAGAGAGAGAAAACGUCAUCGAUGUGAUGAUGGAGAAGCUUGGCCAGCAUUCUGUGAAGGUGAUCAAGAAGCUUCUCAUCGAAAUAAACAGAAAAGAUUUGGCUGAGAUCCUUCCAGAAGUUGGGGGAUUCUCUGUGGAGGAAGGAAAUGAAUCUUUUGAGCCAUUAACACCAAGAAGUCUAAUUCUUCACAAUCUUUCUGAGAUGCUUCAUAAGUUGAACAGGAAGACUGUUGUGAAAUUCAAGUCAUUCCUUCAGUUCACGUGUUUUGAGAGGAGUCUCCCACAAAUACCAAAAUCCCGUCUCAACCAUGUGGCCACAGCACAGAAUCUGGUGGAUCUGAUGAUGGAGCAGUUUGGUCAGCAGUCAGUCAAGAUAGCCCGGGAAGUUUUAACGGACAUGAGUGUAACUGAUCUGGACCCAUCAUGUCUGGAGACGGGGCUGGAUCCUGGGAAGAAAUCACAAGGGCGUGUGGAGUUUAAAUAUACGAAAAGAGUCACGCAGGACUCCGACAGCUGGACUAAACUUGAACCUGAGGUGAAAACUACAGAUCCAGGCGAGGCUUCAACUUACAGCCUCCAGUCUGAAGCAGGCCGCUUUGAAUGCAGCGUCUCUGGUUUUCGUUGGGACUGUUCGGAAAAGGUCGUCUUUAAGUACCGGUUCUGCUCCUGGGACGGACACAUGGAGAGGAUGGAAAGCAGAGGAUUCGUGCCUGCAGGUCCCUUAAUGGACAUCAACCUCAUUACUGGGAAGAUGCUGGAGGUGUUCCUGCCACACUGGAUCUGUAUCUAUGACAUCCCCAAACCUUUGGACCAGUUUGCAGUCCUGCACAUGGACGACUGUGGAGACGCUGUGGAAAACGUGUCAGAUGUCUCAUCAUCACACGUCAAGCUAACAGAACCCAUUUUCUCGCCGAGAGCGGUGCUGAUGAGAGCCGGCUUUCCUGUGAAAAUCAACUGUAACAUGUUGAUCUAUCGGACCAACAUAGCUUUCCUCACACUACAUGUUUACCUCAUCCCACGGGACCCGGCUUUACAGCAGGAAAUGGACCGCAGAGAAAAAUCCUUUGGAUACAAAGUCAUCCGAAAGCCAGACCCAGACACGUCUCUGAAAAUGUGUGAUCACUUCAUCCUUACAGCAAGUUUGGAAACAGCAGAAGUUUGUCCUGAGAAAUUGAAGCUCAGGUUUGAUCCCAAAAGACCAAAUUUCUUUGAGGUGUACAUAAAAAAUCCAGACACAGACUUCCAGCUCAAACUCACACCAGAGAAAAGGCCCAACCAAGUGUGGAACUGUGCACUUCGAAAAGAGGAAUACCAAAUAACUGAGGAGAGACAAGCUCCAGGAUUCUCAGGUGGAGCGACUAGCAUCACUUCUUCACACGACGUGAAAGAUCAUGUGGAAGAACAUCUGUCUCCUCUCAUGCAUAAAGCAGUGUCCCUCCGAGAGAUAGAAAGAGAGACCCUUCUGGAAGUUAUUAGAGAUCUGAAGAAGGAGGAACUGAAAUCGUUCAAAUGGUUCCUUAAGAACACUAGGUUCGUGGGUCCACAAACAGAUGAAGAUUUGCUGCGCAUCACAGCACGUCAUCUGGAGAAUGCAGAUGCUUUCGACCUGGUGGAUCUGAUGCUGCAGACCUACAGCAAACAAACUGUGGAGGUAACCAAGGAGGUCCUCAGGAAAAUAAACAGGAAUGAUCUACUGGAGGUGCUGUCAGGAUGCAGCUCAUAAUCCAAACAAAUUCAUGAUGGCAUUUUGAAACCCAUCACCAUAACAGAUUCUGUUCUUUAUUUUCAUUUUUUUAAAUUUGUAUUUUUUUAAGGUAAAUUAUUUCAGUAAAGAUUUGGUGCAAAUCUUUUGAUGAAAGAAUCCAUGAUUUCUGAUAUUUUAACCAUCGUUCGAAAAACAUUUGUCAAAAUAAAACAUUACAGUUAAUAAAUUAAGUCUUUUAAGGUUGUUUUUUUCUUGCAGAAGAUCUCUAUUCCUUUUUGAAGCUAAAAUCCUGUUUCCUGUCAAUCAUACUGGGUCAUGUGAGGUUUUUUUAAUAGAUUCAUUCAGUGUUAUUCCAUCAAAGUGAGCAGGUUCUAGAGCUCGCUUUUAACUGGUUCUGUUAGAACAGGAAAAGAACCAGCUUCGUUCCAUCAUUCCAGAAAGCUGUUGGAUCCUGAUAAAAUAAGGCAAAAACAAUAAGAAUACGAUCAGGGAGCUGGUAUUCUUUACGCUUCAGGUUGAUCAAAGUCUAUAUGAGGAUGAGAAGAGUGAUGCAGAUCUGGGUUAAAGUUAUUUAUUGGCCCUGAAAUCCUGAUUAUAAAAGAAAGAUGGAAACAGCCACCCAGAUCACAUCCUCAUCAGCUCAGAUGGAUCUGCUGGAUGAUAACACGGGUAAAAGAAAUCCAUGUGGUUGAUGGAAUAAAUGAGUGAUGAAUUCAAAACAAACAAAUCUAUUCAUGUACUGAUUAGAAAUCAGUGUAUUUCAUUGAAAGCAAGCAUGGCUGACUAAAGAAGAAUGAUUUAAAGCAACAGUCCACUGUAAAACAACCAUUCUGCCCUUCUAAUUCAGUCAGAAUGACAGAGUAAUAUCAGAUCAUUAACACUUUCCACUGAUUGUUGAAAUCAUGUUAAGUCAUUUUGUGGCAGUGCAAACAAGAUCUUUGUGAUUAAGACAAUUUGAACAUGGUGAUAACUAAAUGUAUGAACAAACC